GACACCAUGGCGGGGGGGCGCCGCUGACCGCCGCGACGUCACUCCGGCCGCGCCGUCGCCGAUCGAUUCCCUCCGGACAUCUUGGACAACACCGUCCACCACCUUCUAUUCUCUCAGGGCGAGCGAUGUAGUUGGCCACGAUGCAUAUAACGUCAGGCCUGUCUCCGGCGUCCGGCGAGAUGCUGGACACGACGUCGCUCAACUUCUAUGGCGAUGCGGGAGAUCAGUACGGUACGACGUACUUUGCCGUCGACCACACGGUCCCCGAGUCAUCUCACACCGUCGAGAUAGAAUACGUGUACGAGCAACCAGAAACGUACGCAGUUAGCCACGAAGAUUUAGAAAAGGAUGCAGCUCAAACUGAAACAGUUGCUGCUGCAGAUCAAGAUGAUUACUCUAAAAAGAUACGAACGAAACACAAGCCGAGCAAGAUGGUCGUAGAUGAAGAACCAGAGGCUGAUUUAACGAAUUUGACAUGGCUGCAAAACAUAACGAAUAUUAUGUCGGUGCCGCAGUUUCCAAUACCGCCGAUGUCGCCAGGGCCGCAGGUGAAGCCACAGCCGCAGAACACGCGGCUGCAGAAGUUCAACCAGACGAUAGCGAAGUGUCAGAAGGACUUCACGGAGAACAAGCACGAAUACCGGACGAACAGUGAGAAGAAGCCUCCGUACUCGUACAGCACGCUGAUCUGCAUGGCCAUGCGGUACAACAACGACAAGAUGACGCUCUCCGCGAUAUACUCGUGGAUCCGGGAGAACUUCAAGUACUACAGGAACGCCGAUCCCACAUGGCAGAACUCCAUAAGGCACAACCUGUCUCUAAACAAAGUUUUCGUGAAAGUAGCUCGAUCAAAACACGAGCCAGGCAAGGGUGGUUUUUGGAAACUCGACCUCGCACACUUAGAAGGAACCAAACGAAUCUCAAAUAGACCUCACAAGAAGAAGAAAGCAUCUGCUAAAGAUAAGGUCACAGAAGAAAAGACUGCGAUAGCGAACAUACCAAAAGUGAACGCGGUCGAAGAGAUUUCUAAUGAAAUAAAUCAGGCUGUGACGCUGCAUUUGCCGGAUUUCAAUAUUGGCAGUAUUCAGAGUCUGCCUGACAUAGACUUGGAGACGAACAUUGGCGCCAACGUGAUCGUAGAGCCAGCUAUACCACCUCCUUUGAUCCCAGAAGAUGAUCUCUCGUCCCUUCUUUUGAACCCAACGGACUGGGACGACCUACAACUGGACAUGUUGGACAAUUACCUGGAUUCUUGUUUCAAGUAAGAUUUUACGCAUUUAUUGUUAGUCAGAUUCGAUGUUAGUGAGUGUACAGUUUCGUGUUAGGAGUAGGCGACGUAAUAUUUUGUUUGAAAAAAAAAAACUGGCGUUUUUUAAUGUUGUCCGAUUUCGUAUAUAACUACGACGUAAACUAUAGUGUACUGUGUAGUAGGUACUAAUAUUCCUGUUUAUCGCGGAUUUUUCAUUAAAGUGCGGAAAAAAUUGAAAUAUCGUUGGUUCUUAUAUAAAUGCAGUCUUUCAGGUAAUUUUGUGGCUUAAAUCCGUCCCCGGUAGGUUAAUAAUUAUUGAAAUAUUAUAAAAGUUUAGCUUUUGGAACAGUGAACAGUAGAGAAAGGGGAUAACGACUUUUAAAUAAGUAUUUACUUGAUUGAUUUGUAAAUGAUACAUAAUUUAGUCUAGUCAAAAAAGGCUUAUGCGAAAGAAUAGGUAAGUAUUAUGACGUUGAAUUUGUUUUUUUUUUAUAUAUAAAAUGUAGGGAAACUUCGUAUUAGGGGACACUUAUUUUGAUUCUACAAUUUGCAUUUAAACAAGUCAGUAGCUGUUAGAUUUUUUUAUCACAUUUUUACGUCAUUCAAGUCAAUAAUUUAUUAUACAUGUCUCUAUAUGUGUGUACUAUUUAUAAUUUUAAAGAACUGUGUUAAUUGUUUUUAUUAUUGAAAUUAACGUCAAAUCAAUUAAUAACAAGCAGUCAAAAUAUCGGCACACUUCGCAUGCGAAGUGGAUGUUCAUUUUACAAUAAUGAUAUAAUAUUUAAAGCUCAAAGUAUCAAAUACUGCAAAAGAAUUGUCUCAAAAUUAAUAAUUUUGCUCAAUGAAAGCUCAGUCGAUUGCCUAACAAAUUGGGCUAUCUAUUUGAAAACAGUAUUAUGCACAAUUAAUUGUAGCAAUGUUUUAAGUAAUUAAUAUUAGUAUAUAUAUUUACUCGAUAAAAUGUAUAUUUAUUAGAGAGCGUUAUGUAGACAGCAACUUAUUAAAAACGCCUGAUAAAACGUAAGCUUAUUGAUGGCGGAAAUUAAUAAAAAAACAUUUUCAAGUUUGAAAACAUAUCAGUUGCUGAUCUACUAUUCUCUAUUUAAAUGUAAAAAAAUGUAUACAAUGACGCAUUUACCGCUCAGUAUUAUGAUGUACAAAGUAUUACCUAAUAAAUUAUUAUUUUUAGUUAUUAAGAAGUGUGGCAAUAUUUUAUAUAUAUUUUAAUUAUAAUUAUAAACUACUUAAAAAGCAUUAUCAGAUAAUCCGUCCAGUAUUAUAUGAGAGUUUUGCUCAGGAAAAUAUCUAAGUGUUGUAAAGCAUUAAAUGCCUGAAAAGGUUUUUUCUAUAAUAUGUUAAUAUUUUGAUUGAGAAUUGAGAGUAAGUAAUUUAUGUAUUUUGCAAUAUUCAGAAAAGUUUUGUUAAUUAUAAUAAGGGGGUGUCUACUUUUGGAUAUCUAAUUAGUAUUUUUCGGAUUGUAAAUGUGCAGUGAUGCAAACAUUGAAAAUUAAAAAAAAAUGCACUAUUAGUUUUUUUUAUAUACCGGAAUAAUGACGCAUAAAUAUUUACUAUUACUUAUUAUUUAUUUAUGGUUAUGGUAAAUAAUAUAUUUCCUAAAAAUAAAUGUUAAUACAAUAUUGCAUAUCCAAAAAGCACGAAAAUAUGAUUUUGAUUUAACUUGCACAAAUAGUGAUUAUGGUGUUUAACAUUAUCUAAAGUUUAGAUUAAGGUUGCCUGUCCACCGGAGCGCAGCUAGGCUGCGGAGUGGAGAAACUGAGAAAUAUUAACCAAUAAGAUUGCACAAAAUCUCCGCUCCUCAAUCCUAUUGGUUAAUAUUUCUCAGUUUCUCCACUCCGCAGCCUAGCUCCGCUCCGGUGGACAGGCACCCUAAUAUAUAUGUAGAUAAAUCUUCCGUCCGUGAGUGUCUUAAGCUUAUUAUAGAAUUUGUAAAAAUACGAAAAUGUUGUAAUAAUUCAAACGGCAUUCUUUGCCUUUCUAGAAUUUUGUCAAGGGGUAUUGUUGAUACAUACCUACUUAUUAAAUUAGUAAAAUACAGAAAAGAAAUUAUUCAAUUUUUAUGAAGAAUCGAUGGCCUUAAUGUUGCCCCAUGUUUGUGAAUUUUCAGUGUCUUAGUAAAAAUAGAACUUAUUAAUGAUGAAAAGCGUGUAUAAUCAACGUCCCAUAUCUACGUGUAGCUAUUAUAUUUAUAAUAUAGAUAUAUAUUUAUUAAUGAGAUAUUAUAGUGUAUCCGAUAAUUACUUAUGGCAGAUCUUUUAUCUAAUUGGCGGGAGAAACAAGUGUUAAAAAAACAGGCGUAUUUUGUCAGUCGUUAAAAAAUAGUCACUUUGCGAAACGACUAUUUUUUGCUAAGUGCCUGUAACAUUUCCUAGUCAUUAUAAUAUUUGUGUUUACGUGUUUAGAUAUUAGAAAAAAAAAUGUGAAACAAAAUGUGUAUAAUCGUAAUUUAUUUUGUAAUAACUUAUAAACAACAACGUACAUUGUAUGGACGACUGUAUUAUUUGUCUGUUUGAUCAUAAAUAUAUGAAAAUUGGCCAUUCUAAAUAAUGAUGCAGGCGUCUACACAACGGAUAAAAAUAAUUUCUUGUGGCACAAAUUUUCUUAUUGUAUUAUUAAGUUGAAGUAUCAUUGUACUUUAAUAAAAUUAAUCGUAGAAAGAAUAUUUAUAAUAAACCUAUUUACUAUCUGGUUAAUCUAUUUGACACUAUUUAAAAAUUGAUAUCAAAUGCAAAUAUUUACACUUGGGGAAUGUGCCUAAUGAAAAAAGUAUUUCGAAAUAUUUCGAAGAUCAACAUGAAAAUUGAAUGUAUUACAAUUCUUUUUAAUAAAAUGUCUUAAAAAAUAUUAUUUAUUAAAUAGUGUCAAAUCUUUUAUUUGUAAUGUAACGAUUGUUUUGGAAUUGACGCUCAAAAUCCUGUACGCAAUUUCAUGUUUAGAAGUGUCCUUAAUACAUUCAAUAAAGUGUUAAAAUAUAA